UUUCUCUUCUUCUCAACAUAGAAGGAGUAUGCAGGCCCGUAUUCGUCGCUUGUUGAGACGAUGUUGGCGAAGAACAAGACCGGACUCUGCAAUAUGUCAAAUAGAUGUGGACGGGACAUACCACAACCCACGCGGCUCCGCCAAAACGCCUUCAUACGCGCUUGGAAAUACUGAGUUCUACGCUUCAUCCGAUGACCCGGACCUGGACUGGGCUUUGGAGCUCUCGAUGGCUGAGCUCGCACGUCGGCCGAGUGUCGAGAGCAGCUCGGCGGGGCGAGGAGGUCAGGAGGCCAACAGUACCGACAUGUUUGAGCUCACACGUCGGCCGAGUGUUGGGAGCAGCUCGGCGGGGCGAGGAGGUCAGGAGGCCAACAGUACCGAUAUGUUUGAGCUCACACGUCGGCCGCGUGUCGGGAGCAGCUCGGCGGGGCGGGGAGGUCAGGAGGCCAACAGUACCGACAUGUUUGAGCUCACACGUGGCUACGACGCGAGAAGCAUUGGCUGCAUGGACCCUCUGAAUGCAAUCACGUCACAAUGUGGAAGUGUAAAUAGUAAAGUGUGCGUUAACAGAAACUUUUUACAUCUUGACGUGCUUAAAAAUAAGGAUUCAAGUUCUGGAGAGAAACAAAUUGAAGAAACUAGUGUGAAUAUACCUGAAACGUCUUCUAUAGAAAGUAUUUUACCGCGCGACGAAAGCCCAAAACGUAAUAUAGAUUUUUACAGUUCCCUACAAGACUGUGGGGGCAUUAGACAAUCCAAUUCUUCUAGCACCAGCGGGUGCAUAGACCAAAUAACUCGAUGCUGACAUCGGCUGGAAUCAACGCGAUAUGAAGCAAGUAGUAGAAAAGAUGUGAAUUAUCUUCUGAUCCAAUAAAUGAUACUCAAUUAAUUGUUUUACGUUUUAUGUAACACAUAAUUUUCUAUAAUAG